AUGCCACGGCCACGGCCAUUCCCCUUUCAACAACAGGUCAGCUACAGUACUUCCAGAGAACGAGAGUUUUAUAAAUACCUACCGCCAUAUCAUUUGAAAUCACCGCUCCAGCAUGUCGCCGAAGACACUCCCUCGAACGAAUUCACCGCACGAUCAUCCACGGACCCUGUUUUAACCGCGUUCGCCCAGCUAGGGUGUUUGCGAGUGGACGCACAACGCGCGCUGAUCUCCCUUUUCGGUCGACACGAAGAGCACAUUCUGACCGAAGCCACUCGGACCCUGAGCCUACAAGAUGACACGGAUCACACGGCUCACGAUGAGCUUUGGGUUGGGAGCUGUACCAUGUCAUACGAUCGCAGCUUCUGUACAUCCUUCGUGCUCCCGCCAUCCGCUGAACCCCCCGCCGACCAGGUGAUGAUCGUACCCGACCUGGCGCAGGAUGAGCAUUUCAAGAGCCAUCCGGAUGUGACGGGCUAUCCGAACAUUCGAUUUAUGGCAUGCAGCCCUAUCAUCAGCCCCAAGGGCAUCGUGGUUGGAGCCUACACCGUCCUGGAUGAUAAACCGCGUGAAUCGCUGGACACGAACCUGCGCAAGUUCAUGUCGGUAAUGGCGAGCACGGUGAUGGAUUACCUGCAAGCGGCCAGGUCGAAAACCCAGCAUAUACGUUCCGAGCGAAUGAUUGUCGGACUGGGAAGCUUCCUCGAAGGUAAAGGCAGCCUGCGUCACUCGUGGCUUGAUGCCGCCGAGGAUCUCGGCUCCCCGGCACAAAAUUAUCAUUCUGAGGGGACCGUCAACCAGGAGCAGCAAGACAAACAAGUUUCGGAUGACUUGACCCGGACCAUUGGGCGAACUGGCGCCGUAAGGAAUUUGCCCACCCGUUCGGACGCUGAAACACCCCGACGUCGACGCGAGGAACGGCAAUCGCAGGGCUCAAAGGUCAUGAGAAAAGACCACGUUCGGGUUCAUUCCAUGCAGACCCUUCCGGAAUCGACCAUUGCAAACGGCAGCAAGCAAGCGGAUAAUCAACUGCCGGAGGAAAACCAGAAGAAGCAGGUGGAGCAGGCCUUCUCGCGCGCAGCAAACAUCAUUCGUGAAAGCAUUGAAGUCGAGGCGACGGUCUUUUUCGACGCCAAUUUCGGCUCACAAGGUGCUUUUGUGAACGAUGAAAGAUCCGAUUAUGAAAGUAGCGGCCAGGACAGUUACUCUUCGGCUUCAGGCGAUGAAUUCAAAGUUCAAGGACCGACCACCAGUCGCAGCUGCUACAGCGCCGCCAACUCCGAAGAAUCGGGUGAAGAGGCCUCGAAUCCAUGUGGAAUACUUGGCUUUUCCACUUCUAACGCAUCUAGCGUCAAUGAUCAAUUGACGGGCGAUAGAAAAAUCGCACUGUCCGAGUCAUUCCUAGGGGGUCUCUUGCGCCGCUAUCCCAAGGGCAAGAUUUUUAACUUCUCCGAAGACGGAUCGAUUUCGUCCAGUGACACUAGCGACAGCACUUUCAAGAACUUCCUGCAGCGCAGCGGUCAUCCAACCGGCCCCGGGAGCGGUUCCCGCAGGCGAGGCAAGAGGUAUAAGAGAACACGCAAAACCCUUCUACGCCACGAUGCCGAGACACUUCUACAACUCGCUCCCGAUUCUCGAAGUAUUAUAUUCUCGCCACUGUGGGACUCCCAUAAAGAACGAUGGUACUCCGCAAGCAUCGCAUGGACCAAAUCCCCUCAUCGCGUUUUCACAUCCGAUGACGAAUUGGCAUUCAUGUUUGCGUUCGGCAAUAGUGUCAUGGCAGAAGUGCACAGACUUGGUGCACUAUUUGCAGAGCGGGCAAAGACAAACCUGCUAGCAGACCUGCUCAAUAGCGGAGUUAUGAACAAUCUGCAGCGAGGGUUUGUUCACACGAUCUCAUCAUGUGCCUUCACGUUGCUAGGCUCGAUCAAUCAACUUCUGGAAUAUGCGAGUAUCAAAGACCUUCGCGAGAACUAUCCCACUUCUCAACUCCUAGGUAGCCUUGGUUAUAAGGCGCCAUCAGAUGGAAAGCUGAACUUAUGCCGGAAAGGUUUGCAAACUGGGAAGGAUGACGAGAAUUCGUAUGUCCAACUUGACAUAGUCAUCGAAGACGCAAUCGAAACCGUCUUUGCGGGCUAUUCCUUCUUCAAUGUCCCGCAGUCUCUUGAUGCGAUCAAUGACGGCUCACCGAGUGGACUUCGGGUCGUCCUUGAUAUCGACAGCUCUUCCGAUUGGAAAUUUUCAACCAGGCCUGGAGCCUGGCAUGUUAUCCUCACGAACCUUGCUGGAAAUGCUCUGAAAUAUACAAAAAGCGGCUUUAUUUACGUGUCCGUGAAAACAUGCCCAGUGAUUUUAGGAGAAAACGGUGAGGCCAUCAGGUCAAAGGUCACGCUGACUGUCAAAGACACUGGGUGUGGUAUCGGCCCGGAAUUCUUACACAACGGGCUUUUUAGCGCCUUUUCGCAGGAGAACAGUAUGGCAAUCGGCAAUGGUCUAGGUCUCAACAUAACUCAUCGGACGGUGUUGUCCCUUGGAGGCAGUAUUCAAAUCAAUUCCCAGAAGGGAGUUGGCACCGAAGCGAGCGUUUCCAUCGACCUCGAUCAUCUCUCUGAGUUGAUAUCUCACGAGACGCCGGACGCAUGGACAAGCUCGUCCUUUGAAGCAGCCAAAGACCUCGUCUCUGGGAAACAAAUCAGCCUCUUGGGAUUUGGACAGUCAGACUCGGACCUGGCUCUAUCCUCAUCUUUGCAACAGCUGUGCCAAGAGAGGUUCAGAAUGGACGUCUCUCAAGCCCAGCCGUCCGAGACGGAUCCCACUCAUUGUGAUCUCUACAUAUCGCCCUUGGAGUUUAUGCACAAGGGACAUUUGGAUAUCAAGUCUAUUGUAAACUCCACAAAUGAGCGGCUCUUGUUGCCGGUCAUCGUCAUUUGCCCAUCUCCAAGGAUAGCUCACUCGAUGUUUAUCGAGACCCAGAAGCGAGACGGUCCAGAUAUUGUUGAAUUCAUCAGUCAACCAUGCGGACCCCGCAAACUGGCAAAGGCUUUUGAAAUCCUCUCCGAGCGCCGACAGCGGCGACAGAGCUUGUUGGACGUCAACGAUGAUCUUCUGGUAGAACCAGCGCACAAUUCAGGGCCUCCAUAUCCCAGCGAACGUCCAAGGAGUCCACACAGUCAACUGGAUCAUCAAGUCGAGCCCGACCAUCCUCAUAUCCCGCUGACUGCCCUCAACGAUGACAACUACACAUCCCAGUCCCAGCAGACCGCAGCAACAAAGAUCCUCAUCGUGGAUGAUAAUGCUAUCAACGUCAGGGUUCUGGUCGAGUUCAUGAAGAAGUUGGGAUGCGAUAAUCAAACUGCAUCGAACGGAUUAGAGGCUUUGAACUUAUUUAAAGCAAAUGCGUCUUCAAUUGCCAUGAUCUUGAUGGAUAUUUCCAUGCCGGUCAUGGACGGCAUCGAGUCAGCCAGACGCAUCCGCGAGUUUGAGAGAAAAUCAGAAACCGAGAGCCAUGUCAAAAUCGUCGCCCUGACUGGCGUCGCGCAGACCGAGUUGCAACGCGAUGCGAUCGGAUCUGGCAUGGACAUGUUCUUGACGAAGCCCGUACGAAUGGAGAGCCUCGUCCCGUUAAUAGAGGACAGCGGAGUCAUUACUCGGGACUUGGUUCGAACGCGAGGGAAGAGAGAGGCGUAA